GAGAGUUGGACAUGGAGGGUGUUGGGUCUGAAGUCUGUGUGUCGGAGCAGCCUGCAGCUGGGAUGCGCUGUGCAUUUGAGCCGCGACGUUUCACGCCAUGAUACGGGAACCAAACAGCACCUGACCGCGAAUGUAACAUACCUGAACCCAAUCCACAAGGCUCGACCAUGUCCUCACUUCUGACCAGGAAGCUGACUCUGUGCCAGGCCCUGACCUUUGUCCUGCUGCUGCUCGCUCCCGUCUGCCUGUCCUCCCCGCAGAGUACCUCCUGGGUUUCUGCGUGGGGUCCUUCCGGUGAGGCCUCGUCGGGGCGUCUGGCACGUGCCCGACGGCAGCUGCACUACAGGAACGAGUGGGCAUCAUGGAGCGGCUGGUCUGUCUGCUCCCGCAGCUGUGGGGGUGGAGCCUCAGUGCGGACGCGUACCUGCAUCACCAGGAACCCGGUGGGUGGACCAUGUGCAGGAGACCCCAGACAAUACAAGAUCUGCAACACCAAGGAGUGUCCUUCCGGCUCUGAGGAUUUCAGAGAGAUGCAGUGUGCUGCCUUCAAUGACAGACCGUUAGUGGCGGGAAACUCCUUCAGAUGGACGACCUUUCAUGGAGGCUCUAACCCCUGUGAACUGAGCUGCCUGGCCCUGGGUCACAACUUCUACUACAACUUUGGCCGUGUACUCGAUGGCACAGCCUGCGACAAGGAGCCUGGAGCGGUGUGUGUCAACGGGCGCUGCCUGAAGCCGGGAUGCGACUCCAUCCUGGGCUCAAAGCAGCAGGAGGACGCCUGCAUGGUUUGUGGAGGACACAACACCACCUGUCUGCACCACAAGAACGUGUACCAGAGCAACAGUCUGGAGGCAGCCGGACCCUUUGGAUACAACGAAGUGGCCAUGAUACCAGCUGGAGCCACUCACAUCCGAGUCACAGAUAACAGCAGGAAUUAUCUGGCUCUCCAGAACGGUCGCUCCCAGUUUGUGAUCAACGGUAACUGGAAGAUUAGUAUUCCAGGCGAAUACAAUAUAGCCGGGACCAAGCUGCUGUACCGGCGCUCAGCAGACACCUGGGAGAGCUUCGAGGUGACGGGACCCACCAAGGAAGACCUCCAUCUAAUGGUGCUGGCCACAGACAGUAACUCAGGCAUCGAGUACGAGUACUGGCUGCCACCAGACCAGUACGACCUCUACCAUGGGAGGAGGAGUCCACUGCGUCAGGCUCACCACACCGCCAGCUACCUGCCCUGGGAUCAGCCCACCACUACAACCACCACUACCACCACCACCACCACCCGGCCUCCUCCAGUCACCACCCAACCCCACUGGUUUUUACGGCCUGUGAAGCCGCCGCGCCAGUCAGGCCACCACAACCGCCGCCAGCGCCCUCACCAGCCCAUCCUGCCCCGCCUGGAGCGGGAAGAGAACCACAGAAAUCUCCUGCCUCAGCCUCCACCUGGACGACAUUGUGGAAAAUGUCAGCGUGUUAAAGGUCGAAGGGAACGCCAGAGACAGUAUUGUCAGAAGGACUUUGUGUUCCGGGGCAGAGUCCUUGGGAAGCUGUACAGAGGCGAAGAGACGCGCUACGAUAUCCAGAUCAUCCACACCUACCGGAACCGCUUCCGUCUGGAGCACCGGGAGUUCCUGUGGGUCCCUAAUGUGUGUGACUGCCCUCAGCUGGAGGAAGGGAAACAGUAUAUACUGAUGGUGCGUCGUCACAUUAACUACGAGCACACGCUGAACCGCAUCCUGCUGGAGGAGGAGAGCUACGUGGUGCCAUACAGACCCAGAGAGGACGAGCUGCUGCGACCGCUCGAAAGACUCUGCAGCAACAGAGGACCCAAACAUCCGGCGGAGCUGAGGGGAUGAGUGUGGAGACAAACUUUGUGUGUGUGUCUGUGUCUGUGUCUGUGUGUGUGUGAGUGUGAGUGUGUGAACGUCAGAGAAUGAUGCUCAUGCUGAAGCUUUAUUCACCUCCGGUGUUUCAUUUCUGGACCUUCAAAACGUCAGCGGACUCCAAAGCCUGAUGAUUUCCAGAGUGGUGUCACUGGACAGAGAUGAAAGUUGGAUUCAACCUCAUUUGAAACUCGCCACAUUGAGAAACCAAAAAGACUCAUGUUUAUUUAAAAGCCUGACCAGCUUACUGUACCGUAUAGAGCACUUUAGGUGGACGAUUGUGCCCACCUUUAAACACAUACCAAAGAGAAGAAUAUUUACUGAAAUGGCCUUUUUGUUAUUGCUGAUUUUCCACAGCUGUCAUUUAAUUUUUUUUUCAUAUUAUUGUAUUUGUGUGUGUGUAAACCUAAAAGAAAAAUUCACCUCAGAACACAGAAACAGCUAUUUAAAUACCCUCAAACACAGAUUUGUCCCUUGCUUCUUUCUGGGAAUGAAUCAUGUGUUCGGACUAAUCCAGAUGUUUCCAGCAGCUCAGUAGAGUUUGUAUCGCAGCAAAUGCUUGUGCGAUAUAAAAUAUGAGUGAGGUUGUCUUUCUAGAUCUGCCAUAGCACAACUGAUGGUCAUAACAUACACCUUAAGCAUCAUUAAAUCAUGCAUGACACCAGUAACACACUGCCUGCGUUGUGUAUGCGUGAUGGCUGCUGUCGCUUCUGCGGAGAAACACACGUCUGUGUUCACACCGGCUGCGUCACAGCUGCUGCAGUUCUGUCUCUUUACAUUGAGUUCGCAGGUUACUUGAAUGUUGGAUUUCUUAUCUUUGUCUGAUUUAUUUUUGGCAGAAAAUGUAAGUAAAAUAUCAGUGCCUCCACAUGCAGCUACUAAAAUGGUUAAAAAAUUAUUAUAUUCAUAUUUCUUCAUGUCUGUGUCAUAUUCAGAUUCAGACAUAGACAACUAUAGUGGAAGUUGUCAGUUUUAUGUAACAUCAAGUCUUUCCUCUGUUCAUUUUUGCUAGGAGACACACGUCAUAUCGUGAAAAAUAGGCAAGAUGCAGAAUCUCUAGAUCAUGUGAUGCUGCUGCAAGGCAUGUGUCAACUCUAACCUGUUAACAUGGCCACCAAAAUGAAAACCAAGGCGUUCUGCAGCCGCAACGCACACACCAUGCAGCCAGUGUGUUCCUGACCUGAGAUUCCACUGUUCGUGUUGAGGACGUAAUUCAAUGUGAGAAAUCUUUUUGAAAUGGGAAGAAUUUUCAACUUCAGAACUCUGUUUCUCCACUACAGCCACAGAAAAACAAAAUGCAAUGCAGAUUCCACCUUUAACAAUGUUAACGGCGUCUAACUCUGCUACCACUUAUUUUCCACCUUUAAACAGAAUCUGCAUGUAACUGCUAAUUAAAUUAUUGCAAAAGAGAAAAAUGUUUAGAUUUGCCAAAAACAAAAUGUGGAAUCACAAAAUACUGAAAAUCAUACACCAACGUUCAGCUGCAUGACCGGUUCUGAAGGUGGAUUUUUCUUUUAGCUUUCACUCCAGAUAUCUAACAACAUAUCGCUUCACAAUGUAUUUAUGUAUAAAAAAAUAAGCUUAAAUCAUAACACUUUACUCUUGCGUCACUCGUUUAAUGUCUUUCAGUGUUUCAUUUUUUUAUAGUGUUUUAAAUCAGGUCUGCUUUGUGAUACUUUAAUGAAAGACAAUAUGAAAUAUACAGUAUUUUAUUGUGUGGCACUGAUUAGCUGCAAAUAUACUAAAACAUAAUUGUUUUUUUGUUUUUGUUUUUGAGAAAAUUUGCAGCCGUCUGUCAGUAGUUUGUGCCUUUUGUUAUGCAUUUGAAACCUCAUCUACAUGUGCCAAGAGUUUCUUUGUACAUCUGUCCAUGUGGUGUAUGGAUGAUAAUGACCCACUUUCUUGUUAUAAAAUCAUUAUAGAAGUUAAAAAAAAGCAACCGUUGCAACAUAAUUUGGAUGUAAUGUAGUAGUGAUUUUUGCUCUUGAACGCGCAGCACACAAGUGAACAAACCAAACAUGAGACCAGCAGCAUUUGUAAGAAAACAAUGUAUUUACAAAAAUGCUUUACAUCUACAACAAAGGAAACACUGCUAUAAACUACAGAUAAUAUAACUGUAUAUAUAUAUAUAUAUAUAUAUAUAUAUAUAUUCUUUUUUUUUUUUGUUUUGUUUUGACUGAGCCAGCCGCUCAUUAACCGUAAAGAAGUCAUCACAGACACUCAGCUCAGUUUCCCUUCAGUCAAGGGGAGAGAUGGAGAAUCUGUUCCCAGGUUUCCAUCAUCAGCAGUAACCUUUCGGGGAAGAGGGGGUAUUUUUUUUAGAUUCAUAACACAGCUCACCUCAGCGUCUUAGAGACACAACUACUUCAUCUGAAGGCAUGAGACAGAAAGCUUCUGUCCCUUCUGGAAUUCAGAUUUUAUUUUAUUUAUUUUUUUUUUUUAGCACUCCUGGUUUCAAAUUGAGUAUCAAAUGCAUAAAAUAUAAUGUAAACAAUCACAGUUCACUCUAUUAUUAAUGGAUUUAGAAGUGAAUGAUGUACCUUAAAGCAACAUACUUGCUCCUCAUUAUAAGUCAAAUGCAAACAAAUUUUUUCCCCCAAUUAAACAAGCAACAAUUAAACAAAUCUCUUAUGUUGAACUUUGAAGAGCACCAUACAUUUCAGUGUAGCUGCCUCUCAGUUGCUCUUCUGUCACUGAGCAUUUAAAAAUCAAUCUUGUGAAACAAUGCAGAGAAAACACUGACAGAGAAUCUGUUCAUCAUCUGAUCUUUGGACAUUUCAGGUUUUAUGUAAAUGCAUGAACAAAUUUCACUUUAGCUUGAAUGUGGAAUGAAGAACCAGUCCUGGAGUGGCCUCUUUGACAGGUUGACACAGUUCAUAAUUGAAGGAGUGCUUUGUUCUGUUUGGACUAUUUCUGGUUUGUAACUGUUCACACUAAAUGAAAUAGUUCAUGCUGUUAA